AAAACGGUUGAGAAAAAUAACGACCGAAGAAGAAUCGCAGCAGUCCUGAAGGAACAAUCGCGCUUGAAAGCAAAACAAAAAUCCAACUGCCACCUCGGGAGGACGCGCGUUGUUUUGUGUAACUUCGAAUGUUUCCGCGAGAUUUUCGUUUCGUCUAGUUUAUUUAAGUUUUGGUUAAGAUUCUAGUGAAAAUAGUGGAUUGACGAUAAGGAAAGGAAGAAACGCGCGCACACGCGAUGGAAUACCGUGCGUUCUACAAAAACGCGUCCCGCGGACAAUCCGGCCGGCUGAAGGACAGCAACAGCCAAGCGAUCCGCUCGAAGAGGGAAAGUUCCCGGCAGGAUCUACACUUUACCAACCGUAAUCUGAACGCAUCGUCGGAUCUUGACGAUGAAAACAACGACGAUGCACCGCUGUUCCGAAAGACGCCUCUUCUUAAGGUGCAACCUCCGUCGGAGGGCAAGAAACGCCGCAGGUCCCACCAGGAGAACGAAGAAGACAAGGAAAAUGUCAUGCGGACCAAGUACGAGGAACGACUGGCCAGGCUACGGAAGUACAAAGAGGAAAAGGCCAAGUCGAAGAUCAGUUCCGCCGUCAAGAAGAAACCGUUCGUUUCCGUUGUUCCGAAGAACAACCUGGUCAACAGGGAGUACGAGAAGAACCUGUUCAAAAAGUCCGAGCAAGAGCUCAAGAAGAUGGCCGAGAAGCGCAAGCUGCUAACGCCAGCGGCCAAACAUGCCACACCUCGGGUGGACACCCGCCGCAGGGAACCACUCGGAAACGCAGCCGUCGAACAGGACCGCGCCCGGCGGAACAUUUUGAACGUCAAAACGCCAGCCUCGGUCAAGCUGGCCCAGCCCAAGGUGGACACGUGGCGUCGGGGUGCGACGCCGUCGAACGAAAUCAAGCUGAGAGUUAACACGGCAACGGUGACCAAGUCCAGAACGGCAACGAAGACCACGACGACGGCGACAACGAAGGGAGCAGGAAGAAACAAACUGCCCACGGUGGCUGCACCGGCGACGACGACGACGAAAACAGCUGCGACUGCUGCUUCCAGCAAGAAGGGUGCCACGGCGAAGAUCAUUGCAGGAGCGACGGGAUUCACGACCUACCAAAAAGUCCGCUCGGGCCAAAAGUCCACCCAGUUCAACUUCAAGUUCGCCAACGACGGCCAAAUGAUCACGUCGACGAACCGCAAGAAGAAAUCGCUGGAAAAGCUGUUCCGCGCAAACGCUCCCCAGCACCUGCAGAUCACUCACUUUUCCCCGAAGGCCCACCCACCAUCUACCGUGCGUGAUGGUAACGAAGACGACGACGACAUCUUUGCAGGCAUCAGCCCGAUCGACGUGGACACGCCGACCCCGAAGAAGAAGGUGCUCGACACGGAGCAGCUGGCGAUCGUGAAGCGCGAGAUUCGACGCCGCUCGUUCGUGUUCAAGGUGGAGGACGUCAAGCAGGAGGCGAAGGACGAGUGGGAACCGCAGGUGAUUACGAUCUCGGACGACUCGGACUACAGUCCGAACGGGGCGAACGGGUCGUUUACGGUGAAAGAGGUUAAGAAGGAAGGUGGUGAGUUUGAUCGACGACCGACGAUCGUGGAUUCGCCCAGGUUGAUUGGCAGUGGAAGGAAGUCGUUGACCGGGCGGCCGUCGUUGAUCUUUGUGGAGCAGGAUAAUGUGGUGGCUGAGCCCCAGGUGGAGGUGAUCGCGAAUCCGGAUGCGACGCAGAUUCUCUCCCGCCAGGAUUCGCUGGUGUUUGUUGAGGAGGAUCAACAGGUAGAGGAAGAGCCGGCGGCGAAGGUAGUGCCGACGAUCGAGGUGUUUGACUCGCCGAAGCGGGUUGGUAUGGCGGGUAGUCCUUCGCGGCGUCUCUCGGGAACUCCGCGAAUGAGUUUCGUUGAAGAGGACGUUGUGGCGGGGGGUAAGCCACUGCCGGAGGCCAAUUUGGCGACGUUGUUGCUGAACAAGCAGGAUGGAAAGCGUCGCAGCAGUGGAGGAAGUCGACGAUCGUCGUUGAACACGUUCCGCGAGGAGGAUCAACCGCCGUCGGACGUGCGGGAGAAGGUUGUGUUUUACUACAAUCUUGUGGACAAGGAGCUGAAGCGGCUGCAAGAGUUGUGCGAUCUGUACAAGGACGAUGCGGACGAUGAGACGAUCGACGAGAACAGCAAGGGAUUGAUCAUUGCGGCGAUGGGUCAAACGAACAUCCUGAUCAACAAGAAGCUGUCCAAGUUUAAGGAGCUGGUCGGGCAUUACGAGCGUAGCUGGGCGGACCAGAAGGUUCGCACGGACGAUCUGGACGGGUUCUGGCUGAUGGUUUCGCUGGAUCUUGAAAAUCUCGAUCGUCGCUUCGAGGAGCUUCGUGUGCUGAAGGACAACGACUGGAAAGAGGUCGUAGAACAGCCAAAGGUCAAGAAGAUCGCUGGCGGUGGUGGGAUCAAGAAGCGUGACAAGAAACCGAUGAAGACCAAGGCCAGCGGGUUGGCCGACCUGAUCAAGAAGGCUCGCGAGGAAGCGAAGCGCAAGAAGAUGAUGGAAGUUGCGCUGACGGAGACAGUCACGGUUGUUACGCCGGUGAAGCGCUCGGUUAGAAUCGCGACCACUCCUCGACGAAGCAGCAUAGCUCGGAACAGCAUCUGCACCGGGUGCACUCCGACGGCGGUCGCCAGCGGGGGCAAGAAAUCCCGCAAGACGAUCUUCAACGAUCACACCCUGCGCCGCCAAGAAAUCGUCAAAUCCAUCCUGAAGACCCCCAGUGAGAAGCGGCGCGCCAAGAGUGUGCUCUUUCUCGAUUCCGGCCUUGACACGCCGGAGGUUCGCCGCUCCAACGGCGGCGGUCGCAAAAUCAUCCACACGCCCAAGCCCAAGAUCACCUUCAACGAGGAGCUCGAAGUUGAGGACGUGGAAACGAUCUCGCUGACGACGCCGUUCAAGCUGGACGAGGAGAUCCGCAAGCGACGGCGCAGCUCGAUGUUUGUGCCGGUUCCGGCGGUGGAGCCGGAGGAGGAGCCAUCUCACGGUUGCUGCUCGGGACCGAGCCGGCGGAAGACGCUCCGAUUUGACGCGGAAGAACCGCAGGACGAAGCUCAGGAUCAAAUCACCGCGCCGAUUGCGUUCGAUCAGGGACGAAAGGACAAAUCGAAGCGAACGACGCGAGGCAAAAGCAAAGGGAAGGUCUCGUUCCUGUGAGGGGACACAAUUGUACACACUUCCGGAAAUUAAGUUUAUUUGUGCCACUUAAGUUUUUUUCGUUUUGACUCUCUUUAUUCGUACGUACCUCUUUAACUUUAAACAUAUUUUCAACGCAAAUUGUUCAUUUUGAUAGUAUUUUCGAAUAAUACAAAACUGAGAAAAUU